AUGCGGUUCCCCGGUCCGAGGCCAGUGUUGUUGCUGCUGGGCUCCGGCCUCCUGCUCAUUACUCUCGGCUUGUUCCUGUUCUUUACCGGGCCGCUCAUUAUCCGGGAUCAGGUCACUAAGGUCAGUGCAUUCUCCCUGACACCAUAUUUCCAUAAAGGUUUCAUCGUCUACUGCACACAAGCUGGACUGUCCGCACUCUAUCCUGGUCCAAGAGACGGAGUGACCCUCCGGUACCCCGGCCCGAGUGACCCUCCUGUACCCCAGUCCGAGUGUCCGUGCCGUACCCCGGCCCCAGUGACCUUCCCGUACCCCGGCCCUAGUGACCCUCCUGUACCCCGGCCCGAGUGUCCGUGCCGUACCCCGGCCCGAGUGACCAAGCGACAACACUGUCUACCUGCACUGAACCUAUACCAUGCUUUAGAGCUGUCCUUCUCACCCCAAGAAUACAGACCAAAAAGCAACAUAACUUUUCAUGAGAAUUAUACUGUUUCAUAUCGUUCAUAUCGCCAGUUUCAUUUUGAUCCUGAACGCUCGGCUGGGAAUGAGAGCGAUCAGCUGGUCCUGCCUAACAUGCUCGCUCUGGGUGCAGCAGUCUUGGCUGAGAAGCUCCCAUCUUUGAUGAAGUUCAUGUUCAAUAAUGCCAUGAAGAACUUUAAUCAAACUGCAUUCUUCAAGAAGACUGUAGAAGAGAUAAUGUGGGGAUAUGACGAUGAACUUAUUAACUUCCUCAAAAAGAAUUUUUCCAACCUCCUUCCAUUUAAGGACAAGUUUGGAUUGUUCGCAGAUUUGAACAACACAGACACUGGACUUUUCACAAUUAAUACAGGAGUUGAUGACAUUAAUAAAGUCCAUAAAAUCAACACCUGGAAUGGCCUUAAACAGGUAAAUUUCUGGCACUCUGACCAGUGUAAUAUGUUGAAUGGGACAGCAGGAGAAAUGUGGCCUCCUUUCAUGGAUCCAUCAGAUACUUUAAAGUUUUAUAGUCCUGAUGCCUGUCGGUCGUUAGAGUUAGUUUACCAACGUUCAGAUUUUACCUUUGGGCUGCCUUCCUUCCGAUACAUUGCCCCGAAGACUAUGUUUGCAAAUGGGACUGUAUAUCCCCCCAAUGAAGGGUUUUGUCCGUGCAGAGAGUCCGGAGUGCUGAACGUUAGCACAUGCAGAGACCAUUCUCAAGUCUUUGUCUCAAAUCCACACUUCUACAAUGCUGAUCCUGUGUUGUUGGAGGCUAUUGAAGGAUUACAUCCCAAUGAGAGAGAUCAUGCGCUUUUCAUUGACAUCCAUCCUUUUAGAAUUACUGGAAAAAUGCAGACUAUGCUGCUCCCUUUAAUUUGGUUUGAUGAGAGUGCGAACAUUGAUGGUCCAAUUCUAGACAAUUUUUACACCUUCAUGGUGGUCAUACCAAGGGUUCUCCAGUAUGUCCAAUUCAUCCUCCUGGGGCUUGGGGCCUUGCUGCUGGUUGUUGCUGCAAUUCUCGGAAUCAUUCUUCUGCAACAGAACAAAGACAGAAACUCAAGCACAAAGUGGAUUGGUGAUAAAUCUGCCGCUUCUGGGAGAGCCUCAGUUUUGGUGAAUGCUGAUCAGAAGCUGAAAACUCAAUCUCGUCUCUAGCACGUUCAGAUCCAGGAAGAAGGAAAGAAGAAAGUUCCAGAAAGAUGCCUUAGCUACAUUUACUGAUCUGGAAUUGCUGACUGAUGAAUGGAAUGAAUUUGGAAUCUGAACUGAUCACAAUCAUGUUGUUCUGUAAUUUUUGCUAACAUAUCAAAAAUCUGUAAUCUCUCAGUAGUGUUUACAAAACAAGAAAAAGGAAAAUCUUAACCAGAGCUGCAUUUGUGUUAAUGAAUGAGAGCGAGUGUAGACUUGUAAAGGGCAGAUUGUGCUGAAUGAAUAAAAAUGAAUUUCUGUGAUGAAGGAA